AUGUCUGCAGCUCAUGGGAAUAUGCGCGCCGGGGAUCUGAAUCACUACCAGAUGUAUCAGGACGGGCAUCUGCAGAUGAACACUUUGGUGAAUUCAGAAUAUGGAGCCUCAGGUGUUACAGACUUCUUCAACUCAGCAAACUCUGUUCCAAGGGGGGACAAGUGCGUGGCAAUACUGACCCACAGGAGAAAGAGGACCAAUUUUACGCAGCAGCAAAUUGAGGUGCUGGAGAAAGUUUACUCAGACACCAAAUACCCUGACAUCUACCUACGAGAGAGACUAGAGGCUCUGACUGGACUACCAGAGUCCAGAAUCCAGGUGUGGUUUCAGAACAGAAGGGCCAAAUCUCGUCGCCAAGUUGGCUCAUCAGUGUCCAUGAAGGUGGCCAACACACCAGCAGCUGGACCUUUUGGGCAAAUCCAGAACCGGAUGGGUCCUGAGAGAGUUUUCGACAACCACCACGGUGCUGAUGUACACAGGAUGGGAGGGUUUGGACUAGAGGACAGUUUCAGGCCUACACCGCACCAAAACACAGAGGACACCAACAGGACCGGCCAUCCCAUCAAACCCAGCAGCUACGACCACACAUCCGCUUCCUGCGUCUACCACAAGGACGGAGCGAAGCCUGAGCAGCUGCAGCGACAGCCCCCAAAGAUGGAACCCAACGCCCCCGGCCACCAGGGUCAGAAGGUUCUGGUGGAGUAUGACAACUUCCCACCGAACAAAACCAUUGGACCGGAGAUGAAAGUUGUGAUUCCUCCCAUCCCAGCGCAGAACAACUUCAGCAGGUCGUCGCCAAAGGAUCACGGAUGCCAAAUGCAGUUUUCACAAAUGCGGCCAGCAGGGGACCGGUAUAAUUCCGUCCCCCAGAUCCAAUCCACAAAAGCAGUGGACUUCACAGACUCUGACUCUGACUGGGAAAACGACACCAUGGCUGGAUUUGGUGGCUUCAUGUGACGUGUUAAAACAUCCAACAUAAGGAAGCCACAUGUGUAAUAAGACAAUGUGUAUUUAUUGUAAAAUAGUAAGAAAACUGUUGACUG